CAUCUCUGCUGUCUCCGCUGAGCCCUGAGGAGAAGAAGGGGAUAUUGUGACUGCAACUCUUCCGAGAAUGCUGUUCAUAAUCAUCUGUCUGGUACUUGCUGGCAUGGCCUUCCUUGCCGGGGUGCCGUUGAACUGCUACAUCCUCUUUGUCGCCGGCUGCCGUAUGAGGAGGACGGCCAGCACCGUGUGGUUCCUGAACCGGGCCGUGGCCAAUUUAAUCUUUCUCAUCUUCCUGCUUCUCAGAUUCAUCUUCUUCCUGGACUUAACCUGGGCCACGAUGCUGUGCAACAUCAUCACCUCCCUACACAUGUUCUCCAGCGCCUUCCUCCUCACGGCCCUCAGUGUCGAUCGCUGCAUCCCCGUGGCGCGCCCUGAGUGGGCCGAGAACCACCGCACGCCCUGCUUGGCUUUCAUGAUUGUUUUGGUCAUAUGGGCCCUGUCUGUUGGGUUCAGCUUGCGGUACGGUGUUUUCUGGAAAUACGACUACAGACCUUUUUACAUGUACAUAGCUUUUCAACUGGAUGAAGGCAGGGUGAAGGCUGGCGUUCCAAUCCAGUUCCUGGUCGGGUUUCUGAUCCCAUUAGCCUUGAUCUUAAUCCCAACCUUCUACAUCGUUCUAGCUGCCAAGCUGAGGAGGAACAGGCUGAUCCAGUCCACCAAACCACUCAAGAUCCUUCUUGGCUUAAUCCCAACCUUUCUCCUCUGCUGGCUGCCGUAUCACGUCUUCUCCUUCCUGCUGAUUCAACCUAUGUACCCUCCACCUCUUCUGUACCCGGUAAAUGCUAUUAUUUCAGUCCUGACAUAUUUCACCACUUUCCUCAACCCCAUCUUCUACCUCACCAUGGAGGAAGAGUAUCUAAGGUAUCAGCAACGUGCACGCAACCCUCAAACCACUGACAACUUGGGUCCGGAGUCGGCUGCAUAUGAGAAUAGUGCGAACUGUCAAUAUUUGAAUCAAGGAUUGAACUCAUAA